AUGGCUAAGCGAUUAAGUGAACAAGAAAUACCUGAUUUAGCGAAUUGUGAUAGUAGUGACGAGAGUGGUGAUGACUUCUCUUCGACAGAUGAAGACGAAUUGUAUGUGCAACCUGAUACAAGCGCUGAUAGUUCGUUUUCGGAGCGCGAACAUGCUGAGUCUCGUUCAAACGCACAAGAUACACAACAAGCUAUUACAUUGCGAUCCAAUACUAUACAAUCUUCUUCUUCAUUAGAUAGUAGUGGUGCUCCAGAUACGUCUAACUCAGAAUUUCAGCCAGGUUCAGAAGAAAAUGGCCCUUUGGUAGGAGAAAACGAUAGUAAUGAAUGGAUAGAUAUACCAUGGGAAAUUUCAGACUUCCCGUUUUUGGGUCCUGAGCCAGGUGCGAAAAUAGCUACUAAUAAGAGCACAGCUUCUUCUAUGUAUGCUGAUUUCUUGACGACGAAUUCUUGGAAAAUUUAG